ACGCUUCCCAGAAACCAGCUGUUCCAGCGACCCGGGAGCCCAGCCCUCCCGCCCGGAGCAGCCUGGAGGCGGGAAAGCCGCAAGCCGCGCCCACCACCCUGCCCCCAGCCCGCCACUCCCGGCUAUUCCGGACUCAGCACAUCCUCCUGGGAUCCACUCGGAGGGGACUCGCGGUGCAGAUACCAUGGAGAUGGUGCUGAUCUUCCUCUUCAGCCUGCUGGCCCCUGCAGUCCUGGCUAGUGCAGCUGAGCAGGAGAAAGAAAAGGACCCUUUUUAUUAUGACUACCAGUCCCUGAGGAUUGGAGGAUUGGUGUUUGCUGUGGUCCUCUUCUCUGUUGGGAUCCUCCUUAUCCUAAGUCGCAGGUGCAAGUGCAGUUUCAAUCAGAAGCCCAGGGCUCCAGGGGAUGAGGAGGCCCAGGUGGAGACCCUUAUCACCACAAACGCAGCGGAGCCCCAGAAGGCAGAGAACUGAAGUGCAACCUCCAGCAGGAAGCCUCCAGAAGCCAAGGCCAGAUGCCUGACCCUUUAGAGGCUGAUGUCGAGGCUUAAGAAAACCAACCACUUCAGGCCAGAUCUUUCCCCAGGAGAAGCCAAGAACUUGUGUCCCCUGUGCCUCUCCCUGUCCCCACUAACCCCAGUCCUAUACUUAAUGAUGCAAUGCUCACAGGCCUCCCCCCACUGCAGCCUGCAGUCUGGCCUCUUCCUGUGCUGUGUCUGUCUGUGUAUGUGUGUGUGUCUUGUGGCUACUCGUUCAUGGAUGGAAUUGUACCUGUGAACUGCGGGCUCCCUGUCCUGGGACGGGCUGAGCCAUGCUGCUAUUAGCUCCUCGUGCCCCUUCUGUGGCCCCUAUCCCUACCUGCUCUCUGGUCUGCUGUGUCACAGAGAGAGUCUAGUCCCUUCUCUGGAUUUAGGGUUGAAGGUGGGAGUCCCCCACUGUCUUGGACUGGGAAGGUCUAUGUUAUCUUCAUUGUUGUUCUUCAUGGACUCUAGUACUUGAAGAAGAACGUUGCUCCAUUAUCCCACCUGUUUAGAAGGUCUGUUAGCAGUUGGAGAUGCCAAAGGGGUCACCUUCAGCUAGCCUUUUCCCUGCUGGGGUUCUUUUCCUCUUGGAGCAUCCACUGUAGAGUCCCCAUCUGUCCCAUCCUUUGUGCAGUACCCAGGAAUUCCAGGACCAGGGUUCUUGCCUCUGGAGAAUGUGUCCCUGGCAUAUCUUCUGAACAUUAACCCCACAGGCUCUGGAACACUCCUGCUUAGAUCACCUUUCCUGCUUCUAAGAAUUCAUUCUCUAGCCCAUUUUAUUCAAAAUGAGGCUCCCUUCCCUGAAGCAGGUUUGGCUGUGGGAAUGGGCACCAGGGAGUACGGGGGAGGGUGUCUUUGCUUCUCUGCCCAUGUGCCAUGGAUCAGGCAGCAGUGCCAGUUCCCAUCCGUUCUCUGCCUGUCAAGGGUCAGAGUGGAGAAGGAUAGAGGGGGUACAGGAGCAGCAGCAGGCUGCAGGUCAGAGACCAGCAGAGUGUAUAUGGUCUGGAUGCACAGCAAAGGCCAGAAGUCAAAGGUCAUCAGAGUGAAAACUCAAACCAAUCCCACCCCACCUGUCCAUUGUGUUUUCUUGGAGACUAACCAAGCUGUGCUGUGUACCAUGACUGCUGAUCUCUGUCUUGUAAUCUAUCCUCUGACAACAGAAAAAAAAAUAAUAAAACCUUGUUUCCUAGUG